CUCUCUGCCCCGCUGCAAUAAAGGCAGAUAGCGGACCAUGGGGAGCAGGGGAAAACUUUUUAUACUGACAUGUUAGCGCAAUGACUUUUGAGUAACAUCUAACUGGGACGAGGUUCCCGGCGUGAGGAGGACAGGGCCCCCUUUUACGGGAAGAAAAAAGGAGCACUUGCCAUCUGCCGGGGUUACGGGAACGAAAAGCAAGACGGCAAAAGAGUUGAGACCAGUCCAAGAAUCAGCGGUGGAAAAUCCAGUUUAGCCAUUUGAAUUGAAAGAUGAGCUUGUUGUCUGCCAUAGACACGAGUGCCUCCGUGUACCAGCCUGCGCAACUUCUCAACUGGGUCUAUCUCUCCUUACAAGACCCCCACCAGACCAGCGCUUUUGACGCGUUCAGACCCGAACCCAACUCUUCCCACCCGGAUCUCAAUUUCAGCAAGACUCCCGCAGCGGCGGACUUGAGCUCUUCCCUGAACUCCAACUAUCUCAACAACUUCUUUCAGCUGCAGCGGAAUGAGGCCUUAAACAACAACGUGUAUAAGAAUGUGUCACCCUAUGGCUCCCUGAACAACAUAGUGGAUGGACUCAACUCCCUGACGGACCAUUUCUCAGACCUUUCCCUUUCUUCAGAGCCAAGAAAACCCAACAAGAGACCCCCACCCAACUACUUGUGCCACCUGUGUUUCAACAAGGGCCAUUACAUCAAAGACUGCCCUCAGGCCAGACCCAAAGGUGAAGGGCUGACACCCUACCAGGGGAAGAAGAGAUGCUUUGGAGAGUACAAGUGCCCUAAGUGCAAGAGAAAGUGGAUGAGUGGCAACUCCUGGGCCAACAUGGGACAAGAAUGUAUCAAAUGCCACAUAAACGUCUAUCCACACAAACAGCGCCCGUUAGAGAAGCCGGAUGGCCUGGAUGUUUCUGACCAGAGUAAGGAGCACCCGCAACACCUGUGCGAGAAAUGUAAAGUCCUGGGAUACUACUGCCGCCGUGUGCAAUAAUCAUCUUUAUUCAGAGUCAGAGAGCAACAGUUGUGUCCCAAGUCCUGUUGCUCAUCCUCCAUCAAGGCUGUUAACUUCAUCCCUUGCCUUGCCCUGCCCAGGUUUCCCACAUCCCCGCCCUGCAAGCAACAUGGCGUCCUUUCCUCCUCACGACUUCCCUUCCUCCUCUCAGAAGCCUCACAUAUAGACGGUAGCUCUAACCUUCUCUUCUUUUUGUCCCUCUUCUCAACCACCAGUGGAACACAGAUUUUUAGUUAUUAUGCUUAUUUUUGUUUUAGUGACAGUAUUGAAGAUUACAUCCAGGAAUGAGAGGAACGUGUUAACUUAGGAUCAAUAUUUAUCUCUCAAAGUGCUCUUCAUCAAAAGCAAAAAAAAAUUGCCAACAUCAGUGACUUUUUUAUGCCUCAUGCAGAAACCACAUAACCCCAUUGAUCCAAACUCGAUGUUAAACAACAGCUAAUCGUUGUAUUGAGGAAUUAGCACCAGGCAUAUAUUUCAUUGGUGUCACUGACAGUAUUGGUCUCAAUAGAUUACCUCGCCUAGGGGUUUGUUGGCUUUGUGUUUACAGCCUUCCAUUUCCCUGCCAAGUGUAGUGUGUGGUAAUGUGAUGAACAUUUAACCAAGGCCUCUCAUGACGGUAUAAUGUAUACGAGGCCUCUGAUGUCUUGCCGUAUUAGGGUCAGCAGCACAUCUUAUUAACUGUGAAUUAACCGAGGGACAAUGUGCCAUACAUCCCUAGCUUACAUUUGGCCUAUUUAUUUUCUUGUCGUCUAGUGUGCAAUUUGAAUUUUAACUGGGACAUAAAGAAAUGUCUUUUGUAUGUUUGUAUAUCACAUUAUUGUGUAAUUGCUUCCACGUGUCUUUAGAAACUACUGUAGGUUCAGUUGCGUAGAGUCGCUCCUCGUUUAGAUUUAGUGCGUCACUAACAGAUAAGGUUUCAUUCUCCCUCUGUAGAGUAUUUUUGUCGCCACACAAAUUCACAAUUAUCUUGUGGUAUAGCUUUUAGAUAGGUAAGUUGUGUUCAUUUCGAAACACAAGACUGUCAACUGAGAAGGAGCUGUAGGAAAACAACAGUAGUUUCAGUACCAAUGAUCUUGCCAUCCACAAUGUUUCUUGCCAGUGUUGAAUAUUAUAUUUUUCAAAGCAAUCGAAAAUAUGAACUGCUUUCCAAAAUUUGAUUAGCAUUAUGAAACAGGAUUGUACUGUUCACAUGUAAAGCCUGGUUGGAUUUUAACCACAAAACAGUCAAACUCAAAGGAGAUGUUUGAAAGAGAUUCAGAAAGAUAUUUGAGUUCACAUUUAGUGCCAGUUGAUGCCUCGUAGCCUUAGUGGAGUCAGUGGAGCUAAAUGGAAACUUAUCCAAGGGCUUGCACCCUUCAAAACUAUGUCCAAAGGCUGAUUGCAGUGUAAAGAGAGUCUAGAGAGAGGUGAAGCUUUGGAGAAUGAUUUUUAGGUUGUUUGAGAGAAACAAUAAGAUUUAAUAUAGAAGAAGGUGAUGCUGAAGAUUCAAGGAUAUAUUGAAAGUUAUGAUGAAUUAAGUGUACACUUAUAUUCAUUUUCUGUGAACAUAAGUGCCUACUAUUAUAAACCAAUGUCUUUAAAGAAAGAGAAGUACACAUCCUGUUUACAUAUAUCACUGUGCAGACCUAAAGCACUACAGAAGAAAUUAAUGUAGUUCUAACUUAUAGAAACCUGCCUUAUAAGGAACCUUGUUAUAAGAAUUGUGAACUAUUUUAUAUGUACUGUAUUUCUAGCCUUAUAAAAGCUGGUUGACUAUAUUUUAUACUGUAACAUACUGUAUGUGCCUUAAAAAGAUUCAAAUCAUUCUGAAGUAUCAGGACAUGGAGGCCAUUUGAAAUUGGGAAAAGACAUGUGCAGAGUUGGAGCAGUAAUAUGUGCAUGUGGUAACUGUGAUGCAUAGUAAGUUUAAUGCAGGUUCAAGAUGUGACAAAGGACAAGAAAAUGAUACAGUUCCUCUAUUAGCAGUUUGAACUGGCAUGGUGGGUGUUCGCUUCAAUGCAGUUUGCUGGGUUGGAGGCACAGGCUGAAACAGCAUUUCCAGCUGGCAAUAACAAUCGUACUGUGGUCUGUUGUCAUGGAAUAUCAACAAAGAUGUUAUUUCUUAGUCGAUCCUCACAACAGAACAGAGUCGCACAUGAAACUGUGGACCUCACUCUUUGUUUUUUUUUAAUCUAUUGUCGUUGUGUUUAUCCAAGGAACCCUGGGUUUUGUCAAAAAAUAUACAUGUUCACUUGCCUUAGUGGGAGAGUUUUCAGUGGCCGAUAAUGGUACCGCACACUUUAGGGAAAUUUAGCUAAAUUCCGUCUGUAAACUCAAAGGGGCACUCCAGUGAUUCAGUGUUGCAGUUCCACACAGUGAGAGACUUGCAUGAGACACUAAAGAAUGGUCUUUACUUUUAGUAAUGCAGCUCAAGCUCCAAAAACGCUGGAUCAUUAAUUUCCCAUAAUGCAACUCAAUAACAUCUUUCAGUAGAAUUCCCCAGCCUAUUAAAUGCCACAUCUUUCAAACUCUACAUCAAACGUUUGUAACACUGGCUUUUUGGUAUUUUUCUCAGACUUGACAAACCUCCUCCAGAGCUACAGAAGACAUUAUACAACUGUUUUCACAGUCCGAAAAGUAUUCACUAUCACGGGUAAACUGAACUUCAAGAGUAAAAUUGAUGGAGUGCCCCUUUAAAAGAAGGAAUUGGCUGAUGUGCAUCUAUAUUACCACAAGUUAAAGCUAAGCCGAAUGAAAGAUUCUCCUUUCAGCCUGUUACUGUUGGGAACAAUCCAUUUUUCUUAAUGUUAACAUCAUCUUUCUUUUGCUCCGUGUGAUGACACGAACCUAACAGGUCUUUACAUCUGAACCUUAUUGUGACAUCACACCAUGUGGCUGUAGUGAGAGGAAUAGAUACCAAUGAUGCCUUAUGAACUAACCUCAUACACAGGUAACAGUGUUAUUGUGAUUCAGAGUUCUGGCAGAAGAGAUAUGAGAAAUCCUGUUAGAGAGUUUGAUUCCGCCCAGAGACAUGUUAUGAGGAGGCCAUUUUAAAUGGCAAAUCAAGAGCCAAUGGAAGCAGUUGAUACAAUACAUUUGCAAAAAAAAAAAAAAAGAAAUCUCUGCUUUCAGACGUAAUGUCUUGAAUUACAUAUACUUGACUUUUCUAGUACCUUUGCAGUUCAAAUUUGUUAUUUUCUAUGAAUGAGAUGUGUAUUUUGGAACACUUAAUAGAUGUUGAAAAUUUUAAAGCAAUCUGCAAAAACUCUAGAGUUAUUUCCCUGACAAAGAUAAGACUGUUUUAUGUAUAUAUUUGAUGGCCAUUGUUUUCAAGGAUAGUAGCUCUUUUAAAGUGUUAUGCAAUAUUGAAGCUUUUUUGUGUGAAGAAGGGCCUAUUGCUGAGAAAUAAACAAAGCUGGGAGUUUUUUUCUUUAUGUUUUACAAUAAUCUGAGGGGUUAUCCUGCAGAAAUAUUUAUGGAAAGAUUUUUUACAACACUUUUUGUAUAGAAUAUGCAACAAAGUUACACUAAGAAGGAAAUAUUGAUGUCUACAUAGAAUAUUAUAAAAAAAAAAGCUGGUACAUAAUUAAUACCCUUUCUCAACUAUAAGCCAUUGUAUUUUUGUGUUUUGUUUUAUGAUGUUAUCAGUGUUGAAUAACCCACGUUAUUCACUUUGCUGUGUGUAACUAAUUAUGAGCUGCCAUUUACAUCCAUACAGUCGCAUGUAUUCAUUUUGUAAACAAUAUUAUGAAGAUAUAUUGUGUUAACAUGCAGAAAUCUUUUUUUUUUUUCUUAAUUAGUGACGGAUACUCACCACUGUAUAAGCACAUUAAACUGUGAGAUGUAGUUUGCUUAAAGCAGCAAUGACAAGAAACUAUUAUAAAAUGUUACCGUGUUAUUAGUAGUUUAGGGAGUGUAUACUUUUGUCAAGAAAGCGUGUGUGACAAAGAACUGUUUUAGAGUUUGCAUGUGCAUGCGUUUGGUUUUGAAUGAAAUAUUAUUUUGUGCAAUGUAUUACUUAUUUAAAUUACAGUAGUUUGCUACAGUACAUAUUGUUUUUAACAUUAUCAGCAACUUCUGAUUGUUAUUAGUCCUGAAGUAUUUCAUUUACCGCUAGUGUAGCCUCUACGAAUAAUACAUAUUUACUGAAUGUAAUGUGUUAACACUUAUGUGGUCAAUUUGGAAAGUUGUGUUUGUAUUCUUUACUGUCUGUAUCACUUGAGAUGUUUGUAAUGCAAUAUUGCAAUAAUGUAAUAUUUGAAUUGGACAGAACACAGGCGUGAGGUAGGGAAGACAAUGAUUUUGGGAAACAAGGACAGUCAUGGUUUCGAGAGUAGACCACAGGUCUGUUUUUCAUGUCCAUGAAACGGCAUUCCAAAAUGUGCCUUAUUUGUUAGUUGGGAAAACAUUUUAGUGCUAUAGUGCUGUCGAGAGUUUGAUGAAUAAAAGUCAUAUUGAGUUAGAA